ACAACAAAUAAAAGAUGAACGUCGUUUGAGACGAGAAGAUCUUAAGCGGGAAAGGCAACUUAGGAAAGAAGAACAUAUGAAAAAGAUGGAGAGAAAAAUGCGCAGAAAAACUAAAUUUGAAAACAUGACUUGUAAUGCUGAAAAGAUGAACUGUUUCACACAAGAUAAUAAUCACUGGAAAACUCCUCCUUUGUGGACUGAGGGUCCAUUUUGCUUCUGCCAGAAUGCAAAUAAUAACACUUUUUGGUGUUUAAGGACAAUAAAUGAAAGUCAUAAUUUCCUAUAUUGUGAGUUUGUCACUGGAUUCAUCACAUUUUAUGAUCUACGUACCGAUCCAUAUCAGAUGCGGAAUGCUGUUUAUGAACUGGAUUAUGGAACUUUGGAAAUCUUAAGAAUGCAACUAAAUAAACUAAGAAGCUGCAAAGGAGCCAAAGAAUGUACCAUGCGUUUCAGAUAUGAAGGUCCUCGGCAUCAGCAAAGGCAAAGAUCUGCAGCAAGUUCAAGGACUCGAUCUAUCAGGCAUUGGAAGAAUGACCAGCGGUUUGGUGGCCGAAAUAAUCCUCAUUCGUCACACACAGAGAGGCAUUCAAAAUGGAAAUAAUUGUCCCAAAUAUACGUACUUUUGAAGCUCAAAUUUUGAGCUUUUAGUUAAGAAACAUUUACUAUCAAUUAUGCAUUGGGGAUUUUAGAACCUGGGGUACUGAUGAUACAGUGCUUGUUCCCAUAGGUCUGUGAUUUGGACUUGUUUUCCUUUAUGUAGUUAUCUACUGAAACGUUUGAUUUUGCCAUUAGUUCCAAAGUAAAUAUGUAUUUCAUAACAAAUGAAAUAUGUAUUUACUGUCGCAUAGUUCAUCCUCAUUUCUCAUAAUCGCUUGCUUAUAUUGUUUUUAGCAUUUAUUUUGAAUAGGAAGUUAAUUGUUACAAGAAACAAGUAUGUGUAGUAGUAUUAUCUUUGUUAUCAUAAGUUCACAAUUAUUUUGCAUGCUGAUUUUAAUGUACUUGAAACUUUUGUAUCAAUCAAAAUUAUGUUACAGAUAUUUUCCAGUUUUCCUUUAGACAUUAUUUUACUCUGCCUUCAGGCACAUAAUCUGAAUGAUGUAAUUUUUUAUAAGAUAACAUUACAUGGAGUUAUUAAAAUUAUCAGAUUUUUGUCUGUAAAUUGUGCAUGAAACAUUUUACUAAAUUAAAAGAAAAGUAAAAGUUGAUAGGUAGAUGAACUUACAGAAGCUUUUUGCCGGAGUACAAAUCAGAUAAGUUUUUAAUGAAAUUACUAGUGUAUAGAUGUGUGUGUAAUCCAUAUGGUGCUUGAUGUAUGUAUUGUAUAAUAAUUUUUUGUCAAAGUGUAAUAUAUGAAUGUUGUAAUGUUAAUAUACAUAGAUCAUGUCUGAUAAUAUUUCUUGGAGAUUUAGUAUCCGGUGAUGCUAAUAAAACAUUCUGUGUUUGUUCAUGAAAAUUCCAUUUGACUGGCAUUUUAUAUUACUGUUCUGAAAAUCAUAAAAAAUGGUAAAAUUAUUUUUGGCCAAGAAUUAUCAAUCAGUAAUUAAAAUCUUUCAUUUACUGUUUAAUAAUUUCACUGUUUCUGUUUUACAUAUCUUUUUCUGGCAUAAUGUUAUCUGAAGUCAGUGCAAAAAGUCCCAAAUGUCUGCAAAUUUUUGCACCAGCAUUUCUCACACUAUUGUUGCUUCAUGUGAUGUUUCUAAGACUUCCAAUAUAAUUGUGUUUAGAUUUAUUUAAUUUUUUUCCUGAAAUUGGAGUUAGUGAUUUGUAAAUUAAAAUUUGUAAGCCUUAAAAAUUAUUUUAAAUGUUUAUUAGGUCAGCUGUAAAGUAACUAAAAGAAACAGAAUGCUUUUAUAAUUUUAUAAAUUGAAACUUUUAUGAAUGAAGUAAUGGAUGACUUACUUUUUAAUGAAACUUUUAUAAAUUCUUCCAAUUAGCUAUCCAUUAAUACACAAAUGUUAUUUAUAUAUUCAUUCAUGUGCACAUUCAUGUAUCUGAAAAAGGAUUAAAUUACAACUUAGAAAUUUUUUGAUUAUAAAUUAUGUUCAUGAAACACAUUCACACUAUGAUUGAACGUAACUAUAUGAAGAAGGGAUUGAACAAAAUUAUAUAAAUGUAAAAAUACCACUAUGGCUGUACUAAGUGAAAUGUUAUGAUAAUUUUAAUUUAUACUUGUUUUAGCACAGAUUUAACUGAAUAUGGAAAUACUAAAUAAUGGUAAAUAUUUACUCAACUAAACUCAGUCAACUCAAUUACUCAGUCAACUGAAAAAUGAGACUUUUUUCGAACCUUUUAUUAUAUUUUAGUCACAUGAAAAGCUAUUCCAAAGUAAUAUGUUUCAUUCAAUAGCCCGAAAACAUGCACCUGAGUUGGCAUUAUGAAAAUAAUUCAGUAAUAUAAUCCCACAUUUUGAUAAAGGAGAAAAACAUGUCAUAUAGGGGACAAUUCCCUAACUAUGAAACACUAACAUUAUAUUUUUUUUCACAUGAGACAAAUGUGGUAUUAAUAAAUGUGAUUUGGUCUUCAGAGAUAACUUAAUUCAUUAACAGCUACCAAAUGAAUUUUGUUGCUUUAAUUUCAAUAAGUGUUGGAAAAAUAUUCUUGAUGAAAAAUAUUCAGAAAAAUUAGCAGCAUUCUAAUGGUUUAUAUUGACAUUUCUGGCUUGUGAGACCAGCAGUUUGGUUUGAACAUUAUAUGCAUAUUUCCUAGUCACUUGUUUUUCUCAAUCUUUUUCUAGUUGUCUUAAUAUUAUUCCAUCUUUUCCUCUAACUUUUCUGAGUUUUAUUUUUUUUAAUCAAAUAAUAGUCAUUAUAAUAGUCAAUUAUAAUGUCACCUUAAUAGUUUUCCAGCAUAUUGUAAUUCAUGAAGGUUAAUAAGCCAAAGUUUGAGUCAUACUGUGGCUUUUCAUCAAAGUAUGGGGUGUGAAAACCAUGAACUUGGAGACAAAAGAGAAAAUUUGUAGAGAGAUCUUUUAGAAUUUUUAGAAGCCAGGAAACUGAAGAAAUCCACAUGCCCUCGCUGGUAUUCGAACUGCAGACCUCCCGAAUGUGCUUCCUGUUAAAGCAUACAGCAAGGAGGAAGAAAAUACUUUAUAUGGUCCCCUUUUUAAAGGGCUACUGGGGGUUAGUGGACAGGGUCGGCAAAUCCUAAUAGUAACUAUUUACUGUCCACCGCCGUUUAGUUCGGGCGCCACUUGUAGAGUCAUUCAGAAUUUUUUUUAAAAGUCAGGAAACUGAAAAGUCUGCGAAGCUCUCACCGGGAUUCGAAUUAUGGACCUCUCAAAUACACGUCGAGUGUGCUUCUACUUCCACCAUGAAGGCAUGUGGAAAGGAGAGAGGAAAUACCUUAUAAACUUUGUGUAUAGUACAGAUAAUCACUUUAGUAUGACAACUAUCCCCCUCUAAUACUUUUAAAAUGCUCAAAAAGUCUACCCAUUUUCUAUCUUUCUUUUUCUUUUUAUUAUUUAUUUAUUUAUAAAUAUUUAUGAAUCAAGAAUUACCUUUACUAUUUUUCAUUAUUUGAAGUUUGAUGCAUAACAUUCGUAAAGGCAUCUAUCUAUCAUUCUGAUGUAAUGGUGCAGUUCAGAAAUUGUCAAAAAUAUUUAGUUUUCUAAAAAAUACUUCCAUUGAAUGUGGUAUAAAUUUGUACACUGAUUAUAAAGAACAAAAUUAUCAAAACUAUUCUGUAUGAAUCUUAGAUGUUAAACAUGAGGAAAACCACCUAGUAUAUUAAGUGAGUGAAUACUAAAUAAUCAAAAUUAUUACUUUUCAUUUAUUUAUUAAAUAAAAAUGGCAUUUCUGUGGCUAUUAAAAGUUUUUGCUAGUGCUAAUAUUCUUUAUUAAAUACUUCAAAGAGAGUACCUCUUUGAGGUAUGCAUUCUCCUUAUUUCGCUUAUUUCCUAUUCUGGUAAGAUGGAAAGUACGGCCAGUUGAAGGAAGUAUUAUUGCAAACCUUGUGUAGAAGCGAUUUAAUGAAAUAAAUGCACAGCUGUCUCUUAAAUAAUUAAUAAUUAAUUAUAAUUUCCAUAUGGUAUUAAUUUGCUGUGAAGUAACAUCAUACCAUUUUUUUCCCUUUAUUUGAAUUGGUUAUUUUUAGCAGUAUCUUUAAUUUCUGGAGGAAUAAUUCUUAAUAUAGUAGGCCUGCCUUAAUUGCUUGGCUUAAAAUUGAUGCAGUUAUUAAACUGAAAUCUGCAUGUACUAUCUUUUUAAUUUCAUAAUUUUUAUAUUUUUUAAUUAGUUUUUUAACUUUUAAAAAUUUUAAUGUUAAAUUUCAUUGAGAUGUUAUAUUGUAAACAUAAGUUUUUACACUGCAAUUUUUCAUGUAUUUAUUUUUAUAUUUUCUAUUUUUAAUCGUUAGUUAUAACUUAUGCCACUGUCUCUUAUAAAUGGCAAAAUUUAUGUUAUGUUUAGACAGAAUUUGAGAUUGCACAAAAAAUCAAUUUAAGUUUCAUGUUCUUUAAUAUAAUGGUUAAUGAUGUUAUAAAUAUUUAAGAGCAAGAUGAUUAUCUUUUGUAUACGUACAUUCUGAAAAUUGCAUAUAUGUGUGAAAAAAUUAUGUUUUGUAUUAUUUAAUAUUUAAUACCAAAUAUUGCUGCAAAUUCUGAUUUAUUAUGUUUGUUGUUACAUUCCACUGAUAGCAUUUUAAAUGCUGAAGGUUUCAUCUUUUUGUGCCAAAUGCCAAAGUUAACAAGUUUUUUUGUGAAUAUUGGAGCUUAACCCGUGCUUGUUUCCCUUUGUUAUGGAGACAUCCUAGUUGAAAAAUAUAUCCCAACGUCUUCCCCUGGAUGCUGAUCUGUAUAUGCGUAUAUAUCAGUCAGUACAAAAAUAAUGCACAUAAUAACGCUUCUAAGUACCAUUUAGUCUUCCGUAUAUAUGCUAAAUUAAAAGAUCUUCUAUUUGGAAACAAGCUAUAUUAUCCAUUUUAUCUAUAUUAAAAGCGUACAUUUGUUAUAAAAUAAGAAAUCAUUAACACUCGACUUUUGUUAAGUUUAUAAACUGUAUUUUAAAUGCUAUUUUAUAAUGAUGUUUAUAAAUAAAUUAAUUAAAUUUGCAGUAUGCCUUGAUCUGUUUUUAUAAACUAUAUUUCUGAAAUUCAUUGUGUUAAUGAAAGAAUUAUGUAAUUCUUAAUGUAAGAAAAUAAUUUGUAAUGGUUUUGUGUUAUCUUAAUGAUCUUAAUUUUAUGAAUUCAUAAUUUCAGAUUAUAAUGCAGGGGGAAAGACAUUGUAUUUUAUGAAUAUAAAUAUUCCAUUCCCAAAAUAGUUAUUCUGUAGAAAAUAACAUAAUUUAUGCACUUCAUAUCUUCUAUUCAUAAGACAUACUUAAAAUUUGAAUUUCUACCUUCGAACGUGGAAUUUUUUUAACAUAAAAAAGGUGUACUCAUGUUUCAUACAUUUUUACAUGCACUUAUAAAAACUAUGAAAUUACAAAUUUUAUUUGUUUACAUAUGUAUUUAAAAUAUAUUUGAUUUAAACUUUUAUAUUUCUAUAAAUGUUUCUUGUAUGAUCUUUGCAGAUUUCUUACUGCGUGUUUAAUGCAUGUUUUUGCAUGUGUGUAAUAUCACUCAUUGCAGGUUUAAGUACCAGCAAUAUUUAGAGGAUAAGUUUAGUUGAUUUUCUGUAUACUCUAAAAAGGGUACUUUUCUGUCAUUCUGGCCAGAUUCAGAAAUGUAUAUAUGUAUGCAUGGAUGUAGGUAUAUAUGUAUCUGAAUCUAGAAAUGUAUAUAUGUAUGCAUUAAUGUAGGUAUAUAUGUGUUCAGUACAGAAAAGUAAUAAAAAAGAAAGAAUUUAUCUUAAUUGCUUAAAAGUUAUACAAAGCAGUUUUUAAAUGCUUUGCUUUUAUUAGUUAUUGGUAAUAAAUGUUUACCUGCUUUAAAUUAAGUAGAUUUCGAAUUUUUCUGCAUUCAGACUUUUUAUUUUUCAUUAUAUAGAGAUGAAAUGCAAUUAUUUACUUAGUCUUACAAGAACCCUGGCUUUUGAUAAAAUAUGUAUUAAAAUUUCAAUCCCUCCCCAAGCUUGGCUGAAAUAUUCUAUGAAAUGUAUAAAAUGUGCUGAAUGAAGUUUUUAGCUGACAUUCUGGUGUAUUUUAUCAGUUGCAUAGUAAUUUUGUUUUCAGCUAGAGAGUUCCUUUUUAUUAUUUAUUUAUUUAUUAUUUUUUUAAAGAACUUAUUGCAUAUCAGUUACAUUCUCGGCAUAAUAGAGAGCCCAGUGAACUAUUUCUGCAAUGCAAUCAAUCCAAAAAGAUUUUCUUUUUGAGCCUCUUUAAUUUUAUCAGUUUCUGGGUGUAAUAUCACAAUUGAAGAAAAAUAUAUCUUUGAAGAUGCAUUAUCAAUAUCACAGUGGAUUAAAAUGUCGCCAAAAAUAUUUUCUUUUAUAGCAUUAUAUAACAUUUUGUGGAUAUCACAAUGUAACUUAGUUAUUGUCAUUGUUACGUAUUUGCUUUGAAAUUCGUAUGAAAAGCUUUUAUGUAUAUUUAAAAUAAUUUGAUGAGAAAGUUGACAUAAAGACUUACCAGAAUGUCUUUUGUAAAAUAUUGUGCAGUUACUUCAGGAUUAAGAAGUAAUUCUAUAUUUUAAAAUGCCCAGUUUUUUAAGGUAUAAAUGAGAGAAUGUUUAAUAUACAGUCAAAUCCCGCUAUAGAGAAUACGGCUUAGAACACACUCUCUGGUAUAACGAACGAGCUGUCUGGUUCCAUUAGCUUAGCGUUAUUUUAUAUGGCUAUAACAAACCUCCAAAUGUAUGAAAAAUUUCCCAAAUAAGGAAUUUUGAACAUACUUUAGCUGCAGUUUCUCCCCUACUUUUUUUUUUUUUUUUUUUUUUUUUUUUUUUUUUUUUUUUUUUUUUUUUUUUUUUUUUUUUUUUUUUAUUUUUUUUUUUUUUUUUUUUUUUUUUUUUUUUUUUUUUUUUUGUUUUUUUUUUUUUUGCAUUUUUUUUUUUUUUGUAAGUUUCUGCAAGUUGUAAAACCCUUAAAUAUUAUCCAUAUUUAGGCUCUGUUGCUUUAGGCACUUCAAGGCCGUUGCCAGCCUGUCCCAUUUGUGAUAUUAUGGAUGUCGUCAUCACUACACAGCAUUUAACUUCUCAACCACAUUUGAGACCGAGUUCAAAUCUGAUUUCAUUCGCAAACUUUUCAUGAAGUGAAACACACUAAAUGGCAAUGAAGUGGAACAAAAAAAAUUUGACUCAAAUCAUCUGUUGCAGCUGUCGUUCUCAUGGUUACUAAGCAACUCGGAUGGUGGAAAGAAACUUUUUAAAGUAAUAGACUUUAACAAGAUAGCUCAAAACUCCUUUACAUUAUACUUCUUUUAUUCCCCCCCCCCCCCCACUCUCCAGUUUUCUUUGUAUAUCAGAGAAAGGCUUAUUUGAGGCAGGUGUUUUUGAAAAACCAGACCUUAGUAGAUCAUAUUAUGUCACAAAAAUGAAAUGAAUAUUCAUAUAGUAUAUAUAUAUUAAUGGCUGGGCGUUUUAUUUAAGAGCCUUGGCCACUACAAGGGACGGAAGUGAUGGCCAUUUCACUAUGGAAGUGCUAAAAUGCCACAUUUGCCUCCUAUGAAGGGAUUGACGGUUACAACCAUGCCUUCUCCGGGAUUCGAACCGGGCUCAUGGCUACAGCAGUCAGUGUCACUAAACACUGUACCGGCUGGGCAGCAUUAUUCAUAAUUAUAAACGUAUAUUUUAGAGAAAGAUAUGCAUUUCGAUGAAAGAGAUCUGAAACAUGACUUUAACACUAGGUAAUCAAUCGUGCCAAAUUAUUAUUGUAUGAUGAAACAGAAGUUGAAAUUAAAAUUUAAUAAUUGCUUGUAAUAAUAACUUGAAUAAGUCUUAUUAUGAUUUUUAAAAAAUAGAGCUAUUUUUCACUUCUUUUGGUAGAUGAUGUGACAAUGCUAAUCAAUUCUUUUAUGAGUCAUCAGUCUAUUUUUACAGUCUUUUGUUAGAUAAUUCGUUUUUCUUAUAACGAACCAAAUUUCUGGUACCUUGAAGUCCGUUAUAGCGGGGUUUCAUUGCAAUACAUAUGCAGUGUUAUUGUAAUUAAUAAAAUAUGUUUACAAUGCCAUUAUUAUGUACCUGGUUACAGAAACGUUUUGUGUUUCAUCCGAUUAAUUCUAUGAAGAUUAAAUUAAAUGAUUUACGUUAGUCAAUCAUUUAAUUUUAACAAUGCUAACUGAAAUGUGAUCUUCUUUAACAUUUACUGAGCAACUUUAAAUUUUAUUAAUUUCUUUUAUUUUAAUGCUAUUUUAUUUCUUCAAUGGUGGAUUAAUCUAAAAUUUUCUGUGAGCUGUUUUAAUUGUAUUUAUUUUUUUUUCCUUUUAAGAUAACAUUAGAAUAUAACCAUUAUUGAUUAUUCACAUGCAGGAGAGAAUUAAGUUUUUGUUUUUAUUUUAGUUGAAGAAGUAAAAUUAUCCAAAGUUUAUAAUAUUGAUUUGAUAAUAAUUGAUAAUAUUGAAAUUUUUUGUGAAAUAAAGAAUUGAGUGUUUAUAUUACUUCACAAUAUUAUUUAAGAAAUUCAAAUUUAUUACUUGAAUCAUCAAUACGUGAAUGUGAUUAUUAAAUAUGCAGCUGUAAGAUAGAGGUUUCUUAAUUUAUCAUUUUUUUCUUUGGUAUAAGAGUUUUCUAAGCCGCAAUUUACCAUUGCGAUUUACCAUUUUACCAUUGUACAUUUGCUAAUUUUUAUCGUUUCUCCUGCACCUAUCCACCUUUUGUUAAUAUUUCUUAACUAGUAUCAUGGAUUGUAUUAUUUAUAUAACUAUGUAUAUAAUUUGAAUAAUUUAUGAAGCUGGUAUUGUGUUUUUUAAAUACAGCUUUUCAUAUAGAAUGUGAAAAUAAAUGCUUUGAUGUCA